UUGGAGUAAAGAGUUAUAAUAACGGUGUUUCCUAUGGCCGUGAUACGGCACUACGGCAGUAAGCGGCCGGCCCGGCCCCGCGCAGCACGCAAUCACUCACAUCGUGGAAAUAGCGGCUAAACCCGAACAAACCCAUAUUAAAAACGCUGACACACCAAUUGUUAAAGCUAUAUUUAUUUAUAGCCCAUAACACAGUGCCCAUGCAAACACAUUUUCUGUGAAGAGCAAUUAAAUCCGCAGUUAUGUAAAUCACGGGAAACUGGAGAAUAAGUAGUGUAUGGUAUUUUGUUGUCUUUACAUGUCGUAGUGAUCAAGAUUUACAAGAGACCCAAUAGAGCCUAGAAAUCCUUAAAAAUUAAACUAUAGAAGAAUAUCAACUAUGGAUUUAAGUGCACAAGAGGUUAUCGACGGGAUCCUGUCCAAAGAGGCUACCGAGACUCCAUCUGACUCGGUCAAACUAGAAGAACUCGACCUUGAGCUGCCAAAAUGGUUCGAAGAGAAGAAAUACAACCAAGGCCGCCGCUUCUACUGGGACAACUGCUUCUCGCUGACAACUUCGAUGCUGAUGGGGCUGCUGGCCGUGCUAGCGGUGCCCUCCAUCCUCAACAUCCUCAUCAGCUCGCGCCGCUCCUCCUCGCAGUACACCAGCUACAAGCGAUACCUCUCCACUAUUCUACACACCAGUUCCUGGUUUGAGUGUGAACUCAAACCGGGUACGACGGCUUGGAAGUCGCUAUACACCGUCCGCAGCCGUCACCUAAAGGCCGGGCUCGCCGCCAAGCUGCAGGGCCUAGGCGUGGUCUCGCAGCGCGAUAUCGCGCUCACCCAGUUCGGCUUCAUUGGCUUUGCCGUCCUGAAGCCGGACAAGUUUGGAGUGCGGCAGACUCAGGAGUUCGACUGGGACGCCUAUUGUCACACAUGGGCUGUCAUUGGACAUAUGAUCGGGCUGCAGGAUAGAUACAACCUCUGCCGCAGAAACGUAGAAGAGACCCGGCAAGUCUGUCAGGCGAUCCUUGACAGGGUUUACACACCUUGCCUGGAGAACGUGCCCGAGUACUUCGAGCACAUGUCUCGUGUCUUGCUCGAGUCCAUGUGGUGCAUCAACCCUACCAUCAACGUCGACUCGGCGUUAUACGCAGUGAAACUACUGGCGGAUGUGCCGGGGUACAUCUAUACUGAGGCCGACAGAAUAGAACUUCAGAGGAGAAUUAGAGAGAAACUCAAGGGGAAACCGAUAGACUCAGGCGUGGACUCCCGCGAGCUGGUGGCGGCGCCGGCCGUGGCGGGGCUGCCGCCGCGCGCGCCGCGCCUGCUGCGCCUGCGCGACUACGAGACCAUCGACCACGCCCCCGAGUACAGCUCCCUCCCUUUCUGGUCCAAAUAUAAUUUGACCUUCUCCUAUCUCAUCAUAUUUUUCCAUACCACCUUCCUAGGACGCGUGUAUUUCAAACUAAACUAUUUGUAUAGCCUCUGGUUGAUGAAAUACUGCCCGUACUUGGCGUUCUUCAAGUUCGGAAUCAGGAAUUCUUUCGUUAAUAUCUUUAAGGAGGAUCCCACGGAUGAUACGAAACCGAAACCUAAUUCGGAGUAUAACAAGCCGAAACCUCCGGAAACUUGGUUUAGAAUCAUUUUAGGCGCGUUUUGGUGAAUUCGUGAUUUUGUAUUUGCGUUCAUAACAUUUUUAAAAAUUAGUGAUGAUUACCAUUCAUUAAUGAUUCUUGACUUAAACUUAAAGAACAAUCUUUACCUCCAUCGCAGUUUAAGUGGUGCAGGGUGAACUCGACGAAGCAUGUUAUUGCCAAUAUAAAAUUAUCUAAUAGUAUAUUGAUUGUUGUAACAUAUCCUUUUAAGCAAUUUAUAAUGAUAAAUGACAUAUAAAACUAAGUUACAGUUACUUUACUUUAACCAACUUAAAAAUAUAUAAUUUUUUUUUUUAUAUCUGUUUUAAAAUAAAUCUUAAUUGUUGACAGAUUUUAAUGUUUACAUGUAUCAUGUAAUUGUAUACUCAUUAAUCUUAGAACCCCGAAUGAUGGGCUAAAGUUGGUUAUAAAAAAUUAUGAACAAUUUUUUUGUAAUUAGGAAUAUAUAUUUACCAUUAUGAUAAUGGGUUGACGACGUGAUAAUAUUGAAUAGCAAUAUUUUUAGUUUACAAACACAAUAUUAUGCAACUUUAGAUUUUAUCGGAGUUAUAAUAAAAUAUUGGGACCAUCA